CCACGUAUGUAAUAUUAACAUCUGGUGUUACGAUAUUUUUGGCAGAAAAACCCCUUCUCCAUUUCUUAUCCAUACAUAGAGACUAGAGAGACAGACGCUCUUCAUCUUCAUUCUUGAACCCUUCACUCAUGUCUAUCACUGCCAUGGCCGAAUCCUGUCUCCUCUCUUCUCCCUCCGCACUCUUCCACCCCAAAACCAAACCCUCUCUCUUCUCCCCUCUCUCCAAACCCCUCACUCUCCAAUUCUCAUGCCUCCACUCCACACCCUCCCUCUCCCUCUCCCUCGCUUCCCGGACCCACCGUUCCCCCCUCCUCACGCUCGUCGCCCAAACCUCCGAUUGGGCCCAACAAGAGGACCAGCAACAGGGCCUCAGCGAAUCCGAAGCGGGCCUCGACGAUUGGGAGCCCAACGGCCAAGUCGCCCAAGAAGAGAGCUUCGUCGAACCCCCGGAGGAGGCUAAAAUCUUCGUCGGGAACUUGCCUUACGACGUCGAUAGCGAGAAAUUGGCCAUGCUUUUCGAACAAGCCGGCACCGUUGAAAUCGCCGAGGUUAUUUAUAACAGGGAGACUGACCAGAGUCGUGGAUUUGGGUUUGUCACCAUGAGUACUGUGGAAGAGGCUGAGAACGCUGUGGAGAAGUUCAAUCGCUAUGAUUAUGAUGGAAGACUGUUGACUGUUAAUAAGGCUUCUCCCAGAGGAGCUCGCCCUGAACGCCCUCCUCGUAGCUUUGAGCCAGCCUUAAAAGUCUAUGUUGGUAAUUUGCCAUGGGAUGUUGAUAAUACCAGGUUGGAGCAAAUUUUCAGUGAACAUGGUAAGAUCGUGAAUGCUCGGGUAGUCUAUGACAGGGAAAGUGGUCGAUCACGUGGCUUUGGCUUUGUCACGAUGUCUGAUGAGACAGAAAUGAAUGAUGCCAUUGCUGCUCUUGAUGGUCAGAGUUUGGACGGAAGGGCAAUUAGGGUGAGUGUUGCUGAGGACAGGCCCAGGCGUAGCUCAUUUUGAGCGAUACCUCAAGUAGUCCCCCAUGUCAGCUGCUGGAGUUCUCUUGCAUUUUUUUAAUAGCUGAGGAUAUAGUGUCAAUUUUUUAUUAAAGGAAAUUCCUUUCUUGGGGCGCCAAUUUCAGAUUAGAUUUACGUAUUUUGCUGUUAUUAAUUUAAUGUCCACAUGAAAAGUAAUGUAAUUCCGACUCCUGAGAUUUUAAGUGAAAUUUUCUUCGUUGCCCUUUUCUUUUGGGCUAUUGUUAUUUA